AUGCCUUCCACAGAAAUUUAUGAUAUAAUUAAGAACACAGCUUUUACUGAUCGUAAAAAGACCACUUUACGUUCCUACUUUUAUAAAAAUACUGAUGAAAUGUAUAAGGCAGUAAAUGUUCUUGAUACUUGCAAACUGCUCAAGGAAAAGCUUGACUUUAUUAAGGAAACCUUCCUGAAACCUGCUUAUAUUUUUCAUUUAACGUUACCAAAGAAAGAAAGAUCUAAUGAAGCCGUUAAAUCACAAGGAUUUACCACAUAUGUUAUGCCAAUCUGGGAUCAAUGA